CAGCUGAUCGGAAUGUCACUUAAAAGGAAAAUCAUAAAUAAAAUUUUGAUAAAGAAUGUACGUAAAUAAAUAAAAUCUUACAGGAAAAAAGUAAAGAAAGUAUUUACAAGAUGGAUAUAAUUAAAGCUGAAAUUGCAAGGAAACGCAAAUUGCUUGAGGAAAAGCAACUUGUCGAUGACAAGAAAAAAUAUUUUAGACGGGGCGAACUCAUUGCUAAGAAUACUGAAGAGAUCCUACAAAAGGUUGGCUAUAAGAAACAAGAAAGCCGUGAGGAAGACCAAGCACCAGAAGGGCACUACAGCUAUGACUCGGAAGGGCAAAAUGUUCUUCCUCGCUCCGAAGUUAUACGACGCUUGCGCGAACGUGGCGAGCCAAUUCUCAUUUUUGGCGAGUCCGAAGCGGAUGCUUUCCAUCGUUUGCGGCAGUGCGAAAUCUCACAGCCUGAGUCGAACCGUGGAUUCCGCAAUGAUUUCCAAGAAGCCAUGGAGCAAGUAGAUCAAGCAUACUUACAGGAAAUGUUUGCCAAUGCACCAACAGCCAAAGAGGAACAAAAAUCGGAUUUGGCCGAACUGGAUGAAACAAUAACGUGGGAUAGCAUUAAAGCGAGUGCUGUCAAAAUGGGCCGUGGUAACAAAGAAUAUGACAUGGAUGUUAUUAUAACUUUGUUAACUUUUUUGCUUAAAAUGUGGAAUGACCAAAUCGCCACUUAUUCCAAACAAGAGAAAAUGUCCACCAAAACAAAAAUGGCUCGCGUCAUUUUCACCCAGACUCGCGAGUAUGUCAAACCUUUAUUCCGUAAACUAAAGCAUCACACUUUGCCAGAGGAUAUAUUGGAUAGUUUACGUGAUAUUUGUAAACGUCUGCUCAAUCGCGACUAUAUCACUGCCAGUGAUGCUUAUCUGGAGAUGGCUAUAGGAAAUGCGCCAUGGCCGAUUGGUGUGACAAUGGUGGGUAUACACGCACGUACAGGUCGAGAAAAGAUUUUCUCAAAGAAUGUUGCGCACGUGAUGAACGAUGAAACUCAACGGAAAUACAUCCAGGGGCUGAAGCGGCUGAUGACCAAAUGCCAAGAAUAUUUUCCAACUGAUCCCUCAAAAUGUGUGGAGUACGUAAGCAAAAAGGAUCGCAUAUAAUCAGCUUUGCAAAUGCGAACACGAAUCUUUUUAUUUAAUUAUUUAGCUAAUAAGUAUGA